UGAUUUUGAAGGUAACCAAGUCAUUAAUAAGAUUUAUGUACGGUUAUUUAUAUAGCACCAACAAAUGAAUUCACAAGUGUUUCCAAUUUUUACAUAUUGUUUAUUGUAUUAAUUUCUCUUAUUUUAUGGUACCGAUGUACACGUUUAAUCAACCGAGUUCACGCGUUACUUGCUAUCUUGUUUCGCCGGCGACAUUCAGUCAGAUUAUGCGAUACAUCGAGCUACGAUGACACGAGGAAAUACAGUUCUCGAGCUGUUUGGAGAUCGGACGAUUCACGGCAAGCAGAAACGUCGUCAUCUUUGAUCCGUCUCAUCGACCUAGUUCAACCAUGCUUUUGAUGCAACAUCUUCUAGGUAGCGCGAUACCUAUGAUUGUCAACAUAGUGAUUUUGUUCUACGUUUGCCAACGCUUUUUUGCAGCGACGAGGCUGCGACGCAAGAUUAUGUCGGAGAUGGCCGAAUUCACCUCGAUCGUUCGUCGAGCUAGAGAGAACGUACAGUUCAUCGGGGAUCAGGUGGUCAAGGGAAUGGAAGAGAUCAAAGGAGAUGUUGGAGAGGAGUUGCGAAUUACUGAUCGGUUGACGACGCAGAACUCGAAGCUGACGGCUAUGCUUGGUCGAUUCGCGACGCUCGAGGAAAACGUGAUCGAGUUGGUGCGUAUGGACCGCAAUCGCGAGAACGUGAUGAUCGAGACACCUGUGGACGUGAACGAGGAAAUCAGAAAGAUCGUCGCGACAGUCGAGGGCAAGAAAAAUGAAUAUCAAGAGCAACCAGAUGACGUUGGUCCAGUAGCAGUGGACGUCCAUCGACGCUCGACUCGCAACUCAGCUCAUCGAAAUCCCCUGUCGAAAUUUUCCGCCUGUGGCCCGCGAGAAGUAGCUUUUGCUGCGCGAAAGACUAUCGACGAUCGUCCUCGUACUCCGACUACUCCGGAAGUACAGCUUCUAGGCGAGUUCGAUCGUUCGAUCGCCAUACGAAACGAUUCGAAAUAUGAAUAGUUGUUUGGAGGGAAUUGAGAGGUAAAUAAAUGGAGUUUUGCUCCAUGUUCAACGUUUCAAAUCGAUGAAAACCAUGCUUAAAGCUGUUUUCCUAACUACCAGGUGUCGUUACAAUGCGAUUAAAUUAAUUAGAAUUAAUUAGUCGAUAACUGAAUCAAUUAGUUGAUUGUACGUUGAACCUUAAUGGCGCUUAAUCGCGAAACUAUUAAAAAUAUUAUUAAUUGAUAGCCGCUUAUGCAGGGUGUCAAGAAACACGUGGGAUCUUCUUUAGAAUCAAGUCUUCAAACUGGUAUAAAUGAAAAGUACCUUACCAUCUUGCGAUUUUUACCUUCUCGUCGUUUCUUUUAUCGAGAUAGUAAUUAAUAAAAUUGUCUGUAUCGAAUCACAACUCGACCUAUGGAAAUUGUAGGAUUAAAGAAGGAUCCGGUCAAUUUUGGUUUCUUCGCGUGGUAGUAUUUAAAAAAUGCGACCAAGGAUGAGGGAGUUAGUUUGUCAAAUCGUUUAUUCUCGCAGAAGGGAUGUUGCUGCUAUACAGGUUGCGACGGAAAGACGCGUAUCGAGAAGAACAACCACGAGGACGAGGACAGACAAUGGAAAGAACGGAAACGUCAACCAUAGCGAUGGGAUCGAGUGGUUCGUGAAUAUUUCUAAAAGUAAAUGCGGUACAGUAAUGCCUCAGAUGUUGAUAAAGGUUGAUAUAAUAAGGUGCUCGUAUUCCUGACCAGAAGUUAUCUCCCGUUACGCUUGUUUACGCUUGUUCCAACUGAUGGAACAUCAUCCUAUUCUAUUCUCUACCGUUACCCCUCAUAUUGAUUUUUACCUUCUCUGUGAAUGAUAUUACUUACAUCCGCACUAAAAAUUAUAAUUUGAAAGUGGGAAUUAGUUCGCAAUACUUACAUCCAAUAUCAAACAGUGGUAAUCCAAUUACUUGCACUCGAGGUAGAAAUUCUAACUUGAAAGCCAGCAUUACUGUACCGAGCUCGAUCCCAUUCGUAAUUAGCGUUGGCUCUAUGCGACUUUAAGAACAAUUUUAUUCGUCAAUCGUGAAGCAGAACGAAGAAGAGAGAUAAAGUAAGAGGAUGGUUAGGAAACGCUCGUCCAUUUCCAAACUCGUUCCUCGUUGCAAUCCUCGCAUGGCCGACUUCUCUUUA